AUGGAUGCAUGUGACUCCGUGAAACUCGAUGGGACGAACAAACCAUCCACCAAUGAGAGAGGAUUGUACAGCCAUGCCCAGAAGAUGCGGGCAGCAAUGACAUACACAUUUGGACGUCUGCAGGGUCUAGGCAACCUGCCGUGGCAUGAAUCAGAGUUACAUAGCGGCCAGAUGUUAGGUAACCCCUCGGUGUCGGUCGAGGUGUCUAGUUACAUGUGCAGCUUGCGGCGCUGCAAGGUUCAGGCGGGUGAAGUCGCUGUCAGUGCCCACGCCAUCACAUCUCAUAUACUGAAAAGAAUGUAUCACUUUAACCAUCGCCCUGAAAACUGGGCUAUCCUUGAUUACCGGCCUGGAGGACGUGGGGAUAGCUCGAGUGAAUCAUCACACUGGGCUGGCGGACGCAUCAGGCGUUGCUUGCACGCUGCUUACACAAUAGCAUUUCUCUGUAUGCUACGCUCUGACGAAGUCCUAAAGAUACAGCUCCACGACCUUCAUUUCUUUUCCAAUGGUCUCGUUCUGACGCUUCCAUUCAGGAAAACACACCAAAAUAGCGAUAUCAAACCUUUUUGGCUGUGGAUCAUGCCCACGGAAGCGCACCUAUGUGCUGUCCAAGCCAUUGCUGAGUGGAUCAUGGCCUCCAGAAUUGUGACUGGCUACUUGUUCCGAAAGUUUGCUUCGGGCGAUCGAAUCGCAGAAGCCAACCAGCCUUUGACAUCUGAACGGUUUCUGGAGUUGUUUCGCAACAAUCUCCUGGAUAUUGGGGUAGACCCCUCAUCAUAUGGUACACAUUCAUUUCGGCGUGGGGGCUGCCAGUAUCUGCAUAUUGAACGCCAGUGGCUGCUGCAUCGCAUAUGUGAAUGGGGAAGCUGGAGCCUUGAGUUUACUAACUUAACCAUUGUCAAAUAUCUCAUCUCACACAACGACGAUGCCACGGAGCCACAUGAACAUUUUUUCAACCCUGACCGCAGCCCAUCUGUCAAAUGCCCACAUUGUGGAAGGUCAUGCCCAUGUGCUUGA